AUGUUAAAGCUUCUCCUGGGACUAGCUCUGCUGGAAGUCAGCUCUGGCACAAGGCUGGGCAAGAUCUUUGGGGGCAAUACCACAUCCAUUAGCGAGCAUUCCUUCCUGGUCAAUAUUCGACGGAGCGGAGAGUUUCGUUGUGGAGGAGUCCUAAUCUCUCCUAGCUGUGUUCUCACCGCUGCCCACUGCCUGGAGCGGCGACACCACCAAGUCCAGGACCUGACCAUCCACGCCCAGCAGCAGUGUCUGGGCGAGCAUUCGCCGCAGGAGCAUGUGCGUCAUGCCUGGUACGCCAGAGUUUCGCCUUACUACUGCCCCGAACAAGGUCUGGACUCCGAUGUGGCUGUGAUCCGCUUGAGCCGCCCUUUUGACAUCUCCGGCAAUGCAAGUCUCAUCAAGAUCGACUACAAUGAUCUACCAGAGCGGGCGAAUCUCACAGUGAUGGGCUGGGGCAAGAUCGACAGCCACGGUCACAACCGGAACCAGUGCCUGCAGGCGGCCCAAGUGCAACUUAUCCCCCAGAAGCGCUGCAACGAGCACGUGGGAUCCCCCAUGCAAUGGGUCACCCAAAACAUGUUCUGUGCUCUGGGUGAAAAAGCCAAGGAUGCCUGCCAGGGUGAUUCCGGUGGCCCGGUAAUAAACGAUGACGGACGCACCGUGGGCAUUGUUUCCUGGGGCUAUGGCUGUGGCAGUGGCUAUCCCGGGGUCUACACCCGCCUAGGUAGUCCCUCCAUCACCUACUGGCUGAAGAGAUUCGUGGAGCGACAUUGCUGGUGAAAGGAGAGCUCAGACUAUUUUUUUAAAUAAAUGAUAAAUGGAGGAAAUCUCUUCCGGAAUUCGGAAAUAAUGGGCAGAUCGUGUGGAAAUAUAUUUCCGCAUCAUUAUCACUUGGCAAUUUGAACCCCCAAUAUGCACACUCCGUGGCUGUCAGUCUGGACAUGCCAUGGCGGGUCAG